UGCAAAGACCAUACAUAGAAAAUGAAGAAAAUAUCAUAAGACAAUUACUCUUCAACGAGCUAAAGAUACAAGAAUCCAAGGAAAUAGUGUAUGAGAUGUGGAAGAAAAGAGAAAGCCAACGAAAGAACAUAAUGGAAGCAGCAGCAUAAGAAGACGUGGAACAGCAUCAGGGAGGGCCGACACAAAGGCCAAGCUUCCCGACUUACACCUGCACUGACCUGACCUGUGACAUCAAGAUCAAGACCGCGCUCCCUGAAUCACCCUUGUUGGCUCUUUCUAAAACCCGCACUCUGGUCAGCACAGCAGUGACGUGACCUCCAGUGAGCCGUGCAUCCCUGCAGAAGGCGCCACAGGACACCACCGCGGCGAGGAACCAUCACAGCCACCAGCGGCAUGGAGGCUGCAGUGAAGGGGGGCGACAACCCCAAGGAAUGUCCCGUGUGCCUGACAGACUUUGAUGACACAGUGCAGCGGCCGCGCACUCUGCCCUGUGGCCACACCGUCUGCACACCGUGCAUAGGUAAACUGGAGGAGGAGAGCCGUGUUACCUGCCCACAGUGCCGUGUUAGCCAUGACGUGCCUGAGGGUGGAGAAUUCCCUGUCUCCUAUAUUGCUGAGGCCCUUAUAAGAAUGAUGAGAGAUGCCAAGGUGACUGCAGCAGCCUCACUGCCACCCACUGCCAGGAAAGGGAAAGGAGCAGCAAGGGCAGCUGGCAAGAAGAAAGUGCCGGGUCUCUCCAAGAAAAUGUGUUCCUUUCUGGAGGAACAGGAGGCCACAGUUAUGGACACCAUUGCUACCUGCCGGGAGGUUGAGUCACAGCUGCACCAGUACAAGAGGACCCUGACAGGCUGGGGCGAGCAGCAGCAGCAGCUGGAGGGCAGGCUCCAGGGACUGGUGGACCAGAGCAAGAGUGCCAGGGAGAUUGUGGAGCUGGAAAAGUCCCGAGUGACAGCCACGGAGGGGAAGGUGAAGAAGGGGAGGCAGGAGUUGCAGGCUGUGCUGGAGACAUUACGUGCCCCAGCAACAGAUCAAGAAGCAGGCUUGGCGGUGGCUGAAACAGUGCGUUGCCUUGGCGAGACGGAACAGGUGGUGGAGGAGUGCCAAGAGGGUUUCCCUGAUGCCAGUGCUGUUGCUGCUGUUUGUAAGGUGAAAAUGGCAUCUAGUGCAGCCCUGGGUGUUGCCAAGGCUGUCCAUAUGACCUUGGAAGUUACUAAAGAAGAACUGCUGCCUCAGUCAAACCCAGAAGAGGCCAAGGCCCAGUCAGACUCAGAAGAGGCCAGGCCCCAGUCAGAUCCAGAAGAGGCCAGUGCCCAGUCAGACCCAGAGUCCACUAUCAUGGGCAGACUGCAGCUCAUCUUGACACUCAGCUUGAAGGGACCUUUGCAGGCUGAGGACCUCCGCAGCUUGACACAGCCCAUCAGGAGCCUGCUGCAGGCUGGCCUGGUGUUUGCUGUCCACCAGGUGGAAGGUCAGCGCCGACAUGCAAGAAUAAGCCUUGAAGCCGGCCGGCUGUACCUCCACGCCCUGAAGGACCAGCCCCUGCCCUUGGGCGCAGCAACCCUGCAGGUGAGUAAGGUCGUGCCACCCUCCCCCCCCUGCACAGUGUUCCUGGACCUGUCCUGGCCAGGCAGCGCGGCACGGCGGGUCAAAAUCUACCUGAGCCCUGACACCCCGCGGGGCAGGCAGUUUCUGUUGCUGUGCACGGGGCAGCGCGGCCCCUCCUACCGCAACACCAGCUUGCUAGGAGUGGGGGACAAGGGACAGCCAGGAGAGUACGUGUGGGCUGGGGACUAUGAAAGUAAUGAUGGGAAGGGGGCAUCCAUGCUGCUGCCUGACCUUGAUAAGGGUGAGUACCGGAGGUCAGGCCGGCCGGGUGAUGUGGGUGCACCGAUGUGGAAUAGGCGUGGUCAGUUUGCCAUCUACACCAAGAAAGGUGGUAUGUUGUCACCUCUUGUCUUUGGUGAGGUGGUGGAAGGACUGCCCGUGGUGGUUGAGGCAGCCCAACACAGCAACACUAGGGAGGUGACUGUGGUGGACUGUGGCGUGGUGUUGUGAGGGUAAUGGCCUGCACCACCACCACCACCACCACAUCACCAACACAGCAACAUUAGGGAGGUGACUGUGGUGGACUGUGGUGUGGUGUUGUGAGGGUAAUGGCCUGCACCACCACCACCACCACUAUCACCACCACCACCAACACAACAACAUUAGGGAGGUGACUGUGGUGGACUGUGGUGUGGUGUUGUGAGGGUAAUGGCCUGCACCACCACCACCACCACUAUCACCACCACCACCAACACAACAACAUUAGGGAGGUGACUGUGGUGUGGUGUUGUGAAGAUAAUGGCCUGCACCACCACCACCACAUCACCACCACCACCACAUCACCAACACAGCAACAUUAGGGAGGUGACUGU